AUGAAAUUCAACACAGACAUAAACCAUGAAGGCCAGGAUACUAUUUUCCUGUGUUUUCGCGCAGCUGGGGCGAGGGUGGGGUGCGACAACGCCCUGGUCGACGCCAAAAACAUAAUACAGUGUAAAUGAUAAGCUGUGAUGAAUGUAGCUUGCGACCGGCACUCGAGUUCCUCCGACUGAGUGCGGUAAGCGACUGGGGAAGCGGCCCUUCGCCGUUGCAACGUCUCCACGUCUCGGCACUCCGAUAGCAUCAAACAUAUUCUUGAGGCCCACAAUUGUUGAGGCAGUAGGAUGCAGGGGGCUUUGAGUUGGCUGCAACCCCUUCUCGCCCUCACUGCGUCAUACCCCAGGGGUCAUUCCCCUAGACCCUAGACCCAGCGGACGUGCGUGAGCCCCGAGGGCUGGCUGGCGGCGCGCUACUACAUAAAAAAUCUGGUGCAGGCUGACAAGUGACAACCCCUUCACAAUGCCUGAGCCGGAGCCGCCCGUGCCCACGGCCUUUGCGACGUGCUGCUCUCCAACACCGCCGCGGCCUGGCAAUGGACAGCACACAGCCACUGCCACUGUGGAGAAACGAAUAGGGGCUACUGAUGCGGUGCAACAUCACUGGCGUGUCCAUGAACGGCGUGCAGCAGGCCAGGGCACUCCGUGCCGACAUCGGGGGUGUGGCGGUUGGCCGCAGCGCCAUGCUCCAUUGGAAUCUCCGUCACUGCCGCUAACGCCACCUGAGCCGCCCAGUCGUGAGUCCUCCAGCCCGGACCCACCCUCUCCUCCCUCACCCGAGCUUCUGUCGCCAGAGCCGCCCAGUCCCGCGCCUCCCUCGCCCUGGCCUCCCUCCCCGCAUCCACCCUCGCCACACCCGCCCUCGCCACACCCGCCCAGUCCGGCAUCCCGUUCACCCGCGCCGCCCAGCCCAGAGCCGCCCAGCCCAUACCCCCCAGCCCACUGCCUCCCAGCCCCCCACCGCCAAGCCCAGCACCUGCUAGCCGCCAAUGCCACCGCCACCGCGGCCGUGCCGCCGCCGAGCCCAUCGCCGCCCCGCCCGCCCGCCGCCAGUGGCGCCGCGCGCUCCCGCCCCCCGGGCGGUACGGCUGAACCCGCCGCCCGCUCGCCAACCACCGCCGUCGCGUGACCAACAGCGGCAGCAGCAGCAGUAAGAAAACAAUUGCACCAAGCAGCAAACAGCAUACAGCAUUGCAACAUUUGUGUUUUGCCCAAGAGCAUGCAUCCAUGUCAUCUCCGUCAGUCUCAGCACUUGGCAUGUGUUUGAGUGCCUGCUGCAAUUGCAACCGUAUGCACGAAUGCGCGAAUUCUCAAGUAAGUAAGCGCAAGCCGAUUGAUGCUGCGAGCAAGUACGCAUCAGCAUACGGGCAUAGUAUGCGUGACAGUUGUAGCAGUGACUGUGUGAGGCAAACUUGUGGGACAUGCUUGCGUAUGUAAACUAUUGCAAUGGACCUGCUGCUGCUGGUUGUUCUGUUACGUGUGUCAUUGACGGAUGUGAUGCAUGGCUGGAAUGGGCAUGCGAUGGGCGCUACUGGGAAUCGAACACCACAUCGCCGUUCCAUCUCAGCGCAUGCGCGCUUCGUACAUGAAGACAAUCAACUGCUAUGCUUCCCAUCAGCUCCAAGACCAACCUCGAUGGUGUUUGUGUGCCGUGCGGUUGGUGGGGAUGCGGACUACGGCGGCAGGCAAGGAUAGGGGACAUCCUGUUCGAUUGCUUCAAUUCGGCUGGUUUCACAGGUAUCCUUGCAUGUAACGGAUGCAACGCCCUUCCAUGCCCCGUCAUUUGACUUACCGUAUUCGUUGUUUUGUAUAUAUACUUUGUUUGUGAGGAGUGCAGGGGCAGUGCUGUGAGUGUGCGAGGUGCUGUCCACCUAGAAGCUAGCUGGGACUUGCAUAUAGUUGCAUACGUGCUGUGUCAAUGAAUGGAGAGCACGUCUAGCUAGUGUCUUGGCUUGGGGUCGGGGUUCGAUGGGACAGGGCAAGUGGCUUGAGGUCCGGGUGUUUAACUCUUCAUGUCAACUAACACUGGUCCAUGCCGGUGAUAUUUACGGUAUCC